GAAGCCAUAAGAGCUAAACUGAUUGACCUGGGAAAUUAUGUUGAUGAAGAGUUACCAGACUACAUCAUGGUGAUGAUUGCUAACAAGAAAACAGAAGCACAGAUGAAAGAUGAUCUUACUCUCUUUUUGGGUACUAACACAGAUAAAUUCUGUGGAUGGCUUCAAGGUGUCCUCAAUAAGCUCCAAGCAGCAAGGGAUGAACAGAAGGAGAAGAAAGAAAAAUCUAAAGACAAGAAGAAAAAAAGUAAGAAAAAAGAUGAAAAGAAAGAUAAGAAACACCGGUCUACAAGUGAGAGCAAAGCAGAUGACAAUGAAGAAGGGAGCAAAUCAUCAGCUGAGAAAGAUAUUGUACAACAACCAAAUGAAAUGACCCCAUUAGCUGAAGUCACCCAGAUCAGUGAACCUGUUAAUGAAACAUGUCAGAAACCUGCACAGGCUGCUCCCAAAAUAAGCACAGAAACUUCUUCAGAGUCUGCACCAGCACCUUCCUCAACUCAACCUGUAAUAUCCCUCAUCCCAGACACUAAUGAUUUCUUGGAUGAAGAGAUUAAGAUGAGUGAAGCAGCAAAGAAACCAGCUGCUACUGACUCUGUAAAGCCUACACAAGUGAAAGGCAAGGUCAAAGUCCAGACUGUUGCAUUGCAACCACAGACAUCACCCAAAGAGAAAGCCAAAGAAGUCAAAGUGUUACCUAAAGCAACAAGGGAGCAUUCUCUUCCCAUCACUGUUACUAUGGGUGGAGGUAGCUCUAGGAUGCAAGCUAAAGUUAGUCCAGAGUCUGCUCCAGCUAGAGGCUCAGUCAAGUCACGCCUUGGUGUUCCUGCCAUCAAAAGAAAAACAGAAAUGGAGGGGAGAAGGACCUUCACUACAAUGUCAACAGUAGUCAAAGUACCAAUUGUAUCCAUGAAAAGGCCAGGUCCAGGGUCUGUCAUUGGUCAAAUUAUUGAAGGCAAAGAAGAGGAUUCUGAUGAUGAACCAGUGGUCAAAAGAGUAGCCAGCACUGUCAAGCCACGAAGAAGACAGCCCUUACCAAAGACUAAACAGAACAGCAUGGCAUUGUUGAAGAAAGCUAUGACACAAGCGCAGGAGUCAACAAGUGUGUUUCCAGCUGCAGGUCAAUUUGCAGAACCAAGGAGAAUGAUUGUUAGAUCUGCUAGCCAGUCGGGAACUAUGAAGAUAGUUGCUAGGUCUAUCCCAGCUGACAAAGAGCCUUCCAGCAAGACACAAGCAGCACCUAAGAAAAUGUUUGCAGUAGCUGUGAGGGAGGCAAGCAAGGCUGAAGUUGCUCCUAAACCAUCAACAAAAGCCUCUGUGACUGUCAGACCUCUUGGUCUCAUGUCUAGAUCCCGUUUUAAGGAAGCUAAUGAGAGAGACUUUGAUGCACAUACCUACCAAAGAGUUGAGAAGAAGGCUGAAGCAGAAGAGGAGGAAGGGCUGGAGGAGGAGCAGCAAGAGAGUGUAGAAGAGAAUCUGGAAGUGGAGGAAGAUGAUGAUGUUGAAAAGGAAAUUGAGUUGGAAGGAUCAGCAGCAGACAGCACAGAGGAAAGUGAUGAAGAUGAUGAUGAUCAACGUCAGAUAAUCAAUACCAUGGAAACAGAUAAAGGAGAAGCGGUAGUUGUUGUGGAAUGUGAUGAGGAAGAAAUGAAGGUUGUAGAACUAAUUGAAGAGGAUGAAAGAGUGAUGGAGAUACAGGAACCGGUAUAUGACACCAGGAAUACCACCAUAGUUAGACCUCUUCAGUUUGAUAGGCUUACAUCUCUUAUGAAAAGAGAGCCACCUGCUCAGCCUCAAGUCUAUGAAACCCCAUCUCCUGCACCAGAGGACUCCAGCCCCCGAUUUAUCGUCACCAUGGAGGGUAAAAAACAGAGGUCUAAUAUUCGUCCCAAUGCCAGAGGUACAGCUAAACAAGUACCUGCCAUGUCUACUCAAUACCGCCCUACAUCCAUCUCCCAGCUGGACCCAAAUCAACGGUUCCUUCUCUCUCGGUAUGAGCCAAGUGAAGAGAUGGAGAUGGAUUUUUUGGAAGAAAAAGGGUUUGAUUACGAACCAGUUCAACCAAUGCAAUAUCAGCAGGUCAUUAUAAAAGAGAGCUCAUCACGGAUACGGAAGGAGGUUCCAGUAAAGCAAGUUGGUCCUAGUGAACAUCAACCAGUUAAAGAUUCUUUAUAUUCACCUCCUCACCCUCAGAUUGCACCUGUAACAUUCUCACUACAGGAGUCUGAUGAAGAACAUGUUGAAAUGGAAGAGAAAGUAAAUGAGAGAUGUAAGUUUUGGCCAGCCUGUAAGAAUGGCAGUGAUUGUCUCUUCUUUCAUCCAAGUACACCUUGCAGAACAUUUCCAAACUGCAAAUUUGGUGACAAGUGCCUGUUUAUACAUCCCAAUUGUAAAUUUGAUGCUACCUGUAUGAAUCCCACCUGUCCAUACACCCAUGCUACUAGGACUAAACCAGCCCCUGUCAUUAUUCAAGCUCCUCCAGUUAGAGCCUUUGCUGCAUUCAAACAAGCAACUGCACGCAAGACGAUAUGCAAGUUUUAUCCCAAUUGCAGUAACUCUAAGUGCCCAUUCAUCCACCCUGUUCAAAAGGUAAGAAAAUUCUCUCUACAACAAAUACAGAGUUUCAACAUUACACAGAGAGGUAAGCACCAUAUGGGCACCAAUCCUGCAGCAUGCUCAUGAAUAUUCAUAAGAUCUGUUGAUGAACGCCCCUCUUGCGCUUUUGAUUUUCAUACUCAGGGGAGCAUUUCAUCAAAAUUUUUGACAAAUUGGCUGAGAAGCACUAUGGUACAGUAACUGUCGGAUAAAACAGAUCUUGUCAGAAAACAUCGGACAAGCACCAAGCCUGUGCCUACCAAUAUCGCCGACAGAGUACAGAGAUAUGAAUAUUCAUGAGCUCCAGCUGCUGGAUUGAUGCCCAUAUAGUGCUUUAAUACCACAUGAUGACAUAUACUGUUCACAUUGCAGUCAGCACAAAACAAAUAUAAACCCAAAUAUGAUUCCUCAAGGUUGUUUUCAACUUCUCUCUUUAGAAAAAGUAAAGCUUUGUAAAAUGAAUUUAUGAUACCAAGAUGGAAAAAAGAUGAAUUUUUCAGCUUUCAUAAACUCCUGAUGCAUAUACUUGUAGAUCUUGUAUAAACUGGAAAAUAAUAUUUGCCUUUUUGUAUAGCAAAUAAAGAACAUCAUAUCUAGGCACUUGUAACUUCAUUGGAAGGGGUAGUAUUGAAACCCCUCCCCCUAUGAUGUAAAUAAAAAGAGAAGGUUGAUAGGAAAGAAAGGG